AUAUGACCUCAUCACGGGUUCUACUCGUGCUGCUGGCCGUAAUCGUUACCAUUCAAGCACAAAAUACUCCGGUUUUCAAGAAGUUCGAAUACAAGCAUUCUUUCCGUGCUCCAAAUCUUGCACAACGCGAUGGAUCUAUUCCUUUCUGGAUUGUUAGUGGAGAUGCUAUUGCUUCUGGUGAACAGCUCCGAUUGGCUCCAUCAAUGAGAAGCAGAAAAGGUAUUGCGUGGAACAAGAGAGCUUUCUUAGAAAGUGAAAACUUCCAGGUAGACAUCGCUCUGAAAAUUGGAGGACAGGGACGUGUCGGAGCAGAUGGUCUCGGAAUCUGGUACACUUCUCAACUUGGAGCCCUUGGACCAGUUUUCGGAGGAAACGAUUUCUGGACGGGUAUGGGAUUGUUCCUCGAUUCGUUCGACAACGAUGGCCAAAAGAACAACCCACAGGUGUCUCUUAUGCUGAAUGAUGGAACCAGAUCAUAUGAUCAUCAUACCGAUGGAUCACAACAGAUUUUGUCUAGUUGCCAACGAGAUUUCCGUAAUAAGCCAUAUCCAGUUCGCAUUCGAAUCGAAUAUUUGAAGAAUGUACUCACAGUUCAUAUUGACGAUGGUAUGCAACCAACACCUCGUUACGAGCUUUGUAUGCGUGCUGAAAACAUCUUCCUUCCACGUAAUGGAUACUUCGGCGUUUCUGCUGCUACCGGCGGUCUUGCUGAUGACCACGACGUUUUGGACUUCUCUGUAUUCUCUCUUUUCAACGAGCAACAGAAACCAGUGCCAGUUGCUGAGCAGAUUCCACAACAAGAGAAACAAAAAUAUGAUGAAGAGUUCGAGAGGCAGAUGAAAGAAUAUGAACAGGAGAGAGCCAAAUUCAAGGAGCAACAUCCGGAUAAAGUGAAAGAAGACGACGAGUAUGAUCCAAAUAAGUAUUAUGAGGAUGCUACUGCUCGCGAACUUCGUUUAAUUUAUGAGUCUCAAAACGCUAUUCAUCAGGUUAUGCAGAACAUGGAUCAGAGGCUAGCACAAAUCCAGCAGGCUCAAACGUCUGGUGUCGCUGCUGCAGUACCUCACUCCGGUGGAGCAGCACCAGCUCCAGUCGCCGCUGGCGGAAGCUUCCAACAACACGAGAAAAAUGAAGUUAUAACGUCAUUGCGAGAUUUAACUCAAACGAUUCGUGACAUGAAACAGUAUGUCAAUGAAAUCUUCACCAAAACGUAUAACAUUGAUCAAAAAAUUGCUCAAGGUGGUGCUGGUGCAGGUGGAGUAGACAGCAGCAUGCAUCAAAAAGUUGAUUCAUUGCUUAAUGAGCUACGAACAGUCAGAGCAACUCAAAUUCAAACAAGUGGACCUGGAGCCGCUGCGAACUGCCCGAACAUUUCAUGCGUCUCGUCAACCAUCUUCAUGUUAAUCAUAUUCAUUCAAUCAGCCAUCAUAGUUGCAGUCGUUUUUGUACGAAGCAAGCAAGACAAGGCCAAAUUCUACUAAUUUAUUGCAUUCUAACCAUCAUUAACUAACAAUGUCUUUCCCCUUCGAACCUGUCGUCAAAUGUGAUGUUUUGUUCUCAAUACAGCGUAUUUACGACAUUAUCGCGACCCCACAACGAAUUUUCUUAUUCAAAAAAUCCCCUGGUAAAUAAUAUCAUCUCACCCCUGAUUGUGUUGUGUUUUAGUCAGAUUUCCCCCGUUAUUUUUUUCGAUUUGUAUGGUAUUUGAAUGGUGCAUUCGAUGGUAGUUUAUUUAAAUAAAAAUGUAUUGUUUA